AUGGAGCAUUUCAAUGUGGACAUGUCACUGGAGUAUGACGAGGAUGAGUUUAAUAGUUUCGGAAGCCAGCUCUCGAGUGCCUCAUCCGCUCGUAGCUUUUCAACCGCUCCUUCAUGUGUACCAAUCACACCACAGUCUGGACGGUCCAGUCCCCAACAGCACACUGCCUCAAUGAGUUUCACGUCUAUAUCAGACUACAAUUUCACACCACCUGGUUCCUCCAUGGAUGGAUACUUUCCAUCAAACGUCAAGUCAGAAUUUCGCCCACGCGAUAUGGAGCCAUCAACGCCAAGCAAAAAGUCUACAGUGUCGCCUUACAACAUGAACUUUGAACAGUCUGCAUUUCUAAACUCGACGUUACCUUGCUAUGAGCAUAUGAUGGACUUUCAACCUCCUGGCUUGGAAUACUCCUUCUCCGACCAAAUGCCGACGUCCCCUUUUGACCACAGGCCGCCUCCCUACUCAACACAUCACUCCGGCCCUGACAACGGGGCACUCUGGUUAUGCCCUUCACAAAGCUCUUUUGCCUACUCGGAAAAGCUGUCUUCCCCUCAGUCGACGACUUUAUGCCUCAAGAGCCUGUCUCUCCAAGAAGGCAGCAGUGCACCUUCACCGUACGUGUCCAGCAACCUAAGGAGGCAGGUGGCCAUUGACGACGUCCAACAAAAGUCCAGCUUGCUUCACCGCGUACAAAAUGGUGGUCGUGUUGGCAAAAAAGGCAAACGUACUGGCACCAUGGGCUCCCAAAUUACUACAGUGCCCCCUAGCAAGUUCAAGUGCGAAUACCCAGAAUGCGCAAACGAAAAGGCCUACAAGAGAGCCGAGCAUCUCAAGAGGCACUGGACAACGAAACAUAACCCAGACGUUGAAUUGCAUCAUUGCCCUUUCUGUGAUCGUUCAUUCAACAGGUCGGAUAAUUUUACACCACAUCUGUUUCUACACGUGGACCCGGUACAAUCUGGGCCAAAGCGGACAAAGUACCACCCCGACGCCAAACGAGUAUACGAGGCAGAGAUGCUGCGAAAGAAAAGGCGAGACGGAGGGAAGAAGCAGUCAGUCUGA